AGAGAGAAGAGAGGAGAGAGGGCCACUUAUGUUGCCUUUUUUCUAUGAUUCACGCAUCCGUGGCAGAACAGAUGAGGGUACACAGUACUGUUCCUGCAACACAAGUGACUGAAGGAGGGAUGGGGAGGUACUCUUUGUCAAGGGUGGCUUAGCUAGCCAAAGCUCAGCCAGCCAUCCCUUCAGCCCCCUAGGGAGUAGUGUAUUUUUGCACACAGUAAAGUGGGGCAGAGAAAAAGAGAGAACCAGAGAGAAACGAUACAGAUUGCAGUGAGAGAGAGAGAGAAGAAGCAGCUAAAGAAGGGUUUUUUACUGUUGGGAUGCUUGUGCAUAGUUCCGGGGUUGCAGAUAUGGAGCUGAAAUGGUAAUAAGAACAUGGUUGUCUUCCCAGGGAAGGACAGUCGAAGAAGAAUCCCUUUCUCUUCAAAUCUUGACUUUCAAAGAUGAUAGGAAUGCCAUACAGUGGCGACUAUAGCUUUCAGGGGAAAGGCGUUCCUGAGCCUUCUCGAUUUGGGUCUUCAGAAUCUGGACCCAAAUUGUUCAAGAAAGAUGGGAGCUUUGUGUCUUCAAACGAACCCAUUUCUGUCCUGGACAAAAGGAGCCCAAGCCCCUCCACUUCCACGUCAGCUUCGUCUUCCUCCUUCGGCGGCGCCGCCACCCACAAUACAACCACGGCUGUUCCCUCCGCCGCAUCUUGGCCGAAGGAAGAGUGGGCGGAGUUGCAGCCUCUCCCGUCCGGCUUGGAGGUGGAUGGAGGGUCUGAAAAAGUUGUUCUUGGGCUGGAAGAUUGGGAGUCUCUCCUGUAUGAGUCCGCUGGCGGGGUCUCCGACCACUCUCUUCUUCCCUGGGUUUCUGGCGAGUUCGAGGAUCCGGCAAAAGAGAUCCAUGGGAAUGUGGGCUUCGGAGGUAAUUUCUCGAGUUCUUCCCUUUCCCCCAUUUCCGGUUCCAGUCUUUCUUUUAAUUCCCAUUCCAACAAUGCGAACUUUGCUCCUAUAAGUUCUGGACUUGAAGUAAAGCUUCAAAACUUUAACUUUCAUGCACCUAUGGACCAAACCAAACCGUAUGGUUGGAUUCAAGAAGAUUUUCCUCCGGCCAGGCGGACGGAUAUGGAACUCUUGAACCCCACAAUGCCUUUUGUCAACACAGGUCAACCAGGUUUUCCAGAAAUGCUACCGGACCUGAUGGGUUCUGGUUCGGGGCAGUUUUUGGGUUUCCCCACGCCUCAUCCAUUGCUGGUUCCUAAGCAAGAGGUGAACCUAAUGUUGCCAAACCAACUGCAGCAGCAGCAGAAACAGGUAGUUUAUGACCAGGUGUAUAAGGCGGCAGAGUUGAUUCAAUCGGGGGAAUUCUCACUCGCGCAAAUGAUAUUGGCGCGGCUCAAUCACAACAACCUCUCUCAAGGUGGGAAACCAUUGGAGAGGGCGGUUUCUUAUUUCAAGGAGGCUUUACUGUUGCCACAUUCUUGGAUCUCCCUUCCUCCCCCGUUUGAUUUCGUCUUCAAGAUGGGUGCCUACAAGGUUUUCUCUGAAGUCUCCCCGCUUCUCCAAUUCAUGCAUUUUACAUCCAACCAAACGCUCCUCGAAGCUGUUGGCGAUGCGGGAUAUGUUCAUGUGUUUGAUUUUGACAUUGGAAUCGGUGCCCAAUGGUCAUCCUUCAUGCAAGAGCUUCCUAGAAGGAAUGGAGGUGUGCCUCCUUCAUUAAAGAUAACCGCUUUUGCCUCUCCUUCGUCGCACCACCCCAUUGAGAUCAACCUCAUGCAUGAAAGCUUGUCACAAUUUGCAAAUGAUGUUGGAGUGAGAUUUGAGCUUGAGGUGGUCAACUUGGACACUUUUGACCCUAGCUCUUAUGCGUCUUCCUCUUUUCAGCAGUUUAAUGGCGAGGUAAUUGUCGUCAAUUUCCCGAUUUGGUCCCUUUCAGGCCAUCUUCCCAAUCUCCCGGCUGUUAUUCAUUAUAUAAAGAGGCUAUCUCCAAAAGUCGUAGUUUCGUUCGACCGGGGAUGUGAACGGUCUGAGCUCUCUGCCCCGCACCACAUAAUCAAUGCCUUGAAGUACUACGAGGUCCUCUUGGAGAGUACUGCAUCAUGCGUUGCCUCGGAUUUCGAAAACAAGAUGGAGAGGUUCGUAUUCCAGCCCGGCAUCGAGCGCAUUGUGCAAGGGCGGCUCCGUUUUCCUGACCCCAUGCCACCAUGGAGAGCCUUGUUUGGCUCGGCUGGUUUUCUGCCCGUGACAUUCAGCGACUUUUCCGAGACUCAAGCCGAGUGCGUGGUGAAGAGAAAUGAAGGCAGAGGGUUUCAUGUUGAAAAGAGACAGACAGCGCUUGUGUUGUGCUGGCAGGGCAAGGAGUUGUUGACAGCCAUUGCCUGGAGGUGCUGAUUGAUGUUCAGUUUUAACUUAGUAUGUUGUUUGGUGGUGGCUAUUAAUAAAAGGUUAAAACUUGUUUGUAACAUUUUCUAGUGAUGUGCAUGGAUUGAAUAUUCAUGCUUGUUUUGUUUGUAGUAGCUGCUGUUGUCUAUCUUCUUAGAGCAUUGACUGUUAGAGAUAUGCUUGAUGAGCUAUUUGGACAUCUUUGCUUUGUUGUACUUAUGUUGCCUACCAGUAGAUCUUGUGUGCGCAUUUUCUCAUGGGUAUUGUGACAACCUUCAGCAUAGUUUCUGCAAACAAACAACACAAAAAAUUACUACAAGUUCAACUAGAAUCAAAACCCUAAAUGUUUUGUGUGUGUAUGG